CCAAUCUCUCCAUUUCAAACCUCCCUUUAUUGUAACCUUCCGUCUCUUUAUUACGUUCACAACCUCUUCUCAAACGCCUCUAAUGGCUUCCCUCCCAAAUCUUCCUGAUGGUGUAAUCAUCGACAUUCUCUCCAGACUUCCUCCGGAGUCUCUCCUCCGAUUCAAGUGCGUCCGUAAAUCCUGGUAUGCUCUCUUCAACGAUCCUAAAUUCAAAGCCAAACAUUUUUCCACUUCUCUUCAACACAAACACAUUCUUCUCAAGCGCCUUGUUACCAAACACUCCGGCAACAAGGAAAACAUCUUCUCCCUCUUCAAAUUACCUCUCUCAAUCCAUCCAUCUCUCUCCCUUUCCGAUAUCGAUUUACCAUUCCACGAGGAUUUUCGGUUUUUCGAAAUCCGUGGCCAUUCUCAUGGCUUACUCUGCCUCACCGAUCUUCGCAAGGAUAUUUUCCUCUGCAAUCCUUCAACCAGAGAGUUUCAUAAGCUUCCCCCGUCCAUUCUCCUUCUCACUGAACCUCCGGUUGAACCCGACGACUAUGAUUCAUCAACCAACGCGGUUGGAUUUGGAUACGAUUCCAAAUCUAGGGAUUUCAAAGUAGUUAGGGUUGUUGAUUUUGUGGAAGGACCGGGCUAUUUUUACCCUCCCAGAGUGGAAGUUUACGAUUUGAGUAAAGAUAGAUGGAGAGAAAUUGAAAGCCCUGUUUGUGGCCAUGUAUUUUGGGCGCCUUGCUUUGAGAUGUUUCAUGAAGGAACGUAUUACUGGUGGGCGAUGACUGGAAAUACAGAAGGAAAUACGGAGAUUAUACAGACAUUUGACAUGAGCGAGGAGGUUUUCGGCCGAAUUCCGGUACCGGAGAGUUUCGAGGGGACGGGGGACAGGUAUAGGAGUUUAGGGGUUUUGGAUGGAUGUAUUGUUCUGUUUCAUUAUCCAUCGAGAGGAGAUGAAAGAAGCUUCGACAUGUGGGAGAUGGCGAAGGAUGAAUGGGGUGGGGUUUCAUGGUCGAAGGUAUUGACAAUUGGGCCUGUUUGUGGGAUUGAGAAGCCAUUGUUGUUUGUAAGCUGUGAAGAACUUCUAAUGGAGGGUAAUGGUGGACAGGUGAUUGUGUAUAAUAUUAAAAGUGGGGAGGUGAAAGAGGUUCCUAUAAAAGGGGAUCCAGCCAAGUUUCAAGGUACUGCUUUUGUGAAGAGUUUGGUAUCGGUUAAGGGGGGAAACAAUAUCAAUUAUGAAUUUUGAAGCUUAGGUUCCUUUUAUGACUGUAGUUUACGGACUGUCUUUCAUACUCAAUAAGAAUCCUUACAGGACAAUGUUUGUGGAUAUUAUGACAAUAAACUUAGUUUUCUCA